UUAAUAAGCAUAAACGUGAGACACUAACACAAGAAUAGUUCCGCUCUGACGGCAAAAAUGAAGCUGUUUGCCUCGUUUUUUCUACUUGGCCUAUUGGUCGUCACAUUUACCCAUAGACUGCCAGAUGAACAAAGCCUGCGAGAGAAGAGAUGGUUUUGGCCACAGGUAACCUUUGUAGAGAUUAAAAAUCAAAUAUUCAUCUCAAACAUUGGAACAAAAUUAGCUUGAAAAAUUGUGCCUGAAAUAUAACAUGUAAGAAAAAUAUAGUGUAAAGAUCCUUUUGUUCAAGCCAAGCUUGGUCAUUCCUUGUUUUCAAAUGCAAUACGUUAAUUACGGCCUUAUUUUUUAAGAAAUCGAGAAAAAAUCUGCUCAACGAAAAUUCUUGUAUGCAAGAAUGUCCUUCAACUGAAUCAAACUGUCCGGCUGAACAUAAAUUUUAUGAAAAAUCUCUUUAUUCUUAUGUCUUUAACAGAGAUAUUCUCCAUAAUAACGCAGGUUUAAUCUAUUCAUCGAUGACCGCGACUGUUUUGCAAACUUCGAUGGGAAGGUUUCUUUAGGAGAGUAUUGCGAAAAAAAAUUCGACACAACCUAUACUCGUAAAAUUGUUUAAAGAGAAGAAGACCCUUUUUAACUUUCUUUUCUUGUCAAAUCUGCCUGCAGCCAUAUUCCGCCCGAAUAAUUCACUGUCCUAUCCCGCCCCGAUUAGCAGCCUAAGUGUCUCCGAAAAAGGUGUUAAACUAAUGGAAGAAUAAGUGAAAUAAAGGUUACUGAUCACUCUUGGAAGAGAAUGAAUAGUGGUUAUCAAUUUAUGUCAUUCUAUGGUAGGACCAAUCGGUUACUUUCUCGAAGAUGUGACAAAAUCAUUACCGCACUGUUUUAAGAGAGUUACUUGCUAUAAUUACACUAUACAGGUUGUAAUUCAACGGAAAUUCCGCUUUUAUAGGAGUUAGCUAGGCGCUCCCAGUAGCCAAUUAGCACAAGGUUCCGUGCCUAUAAUAUAUGGUAUAUUUUUAUUCUGUUUAUUAAUUACCUAUUGGAAAUAAUGAUGAUUGCUAAAAGCCCGAAUGCAGUUGUCAGUUUCCUUUUUCAGAAAUGUACUAAGGAUUCAGAAUGCGGAGAGGGCCGCUGUUGUCUCAAUCCUAACUACUUUGGAUUCUGUACGUCAAAACCAGGGAUAGAUGACUCGUGCAACCUUGUGGUAUGCAAAUUGUAAAAGCGUAGAUUGGGAGUCCUAGGCUGCUAUAGAUCUUCCCCUUCGACCUCUUUCCCCCGCCUUUUAAGAACUGAAGAAGAUCACACUGGGGCAUGAAAUAACCUGAGCAAGCAAAUAUUGAGGAUCUGUGGAAAGGCAUGACUUAAGUGCGGCGUUCUACGAAGACGUUUAAUUGCUUUAUAUGAACGCACCAUCACAAUUUUCUGGUAUUAAUGAACAGUAAAAUAAAACGUUCUUUUUUUUUGAAGAUGAAGGUCUGAGCAAGAGGUCCAUAUCACAAUGAUAGAUUAAACACGUCUAGCUUUUCUCAGGCCAAAGUAAAUACCGUAAAAUUCCGAGAAUAUGCCCCUCCAUGUAUAAGCCCCUCCAAAUAUAAGCCCCCCCGGGGGACUUGUACUUGGAAAUUGCCCUCAAAUACAAAGAAAAACAAAGCAAAAACGGUAAAUUUCCUUCCAACUAUAAGGCUAGCCCAAUCGAUUUUGAAACGCAAAUUUCCCUCCGUAGAUAAGCCCCUCCAAAAAUAAGCUCCUCAAAAAGGGCCUUCGAAAAAUAUAAGCCCCGGGGCUUAUUUACAGAAUUUUACGGUAUCGCUUCUCAAGGCCACCUUAAAUGGUUAACAAUAAACUCGCUGAAUGGAAAUAUAUGAAAUGACUCAUAUUUUGGACUGCGGAUAAAGAUAUAAAAGUGGAAAUGCGAGGAUCAUUUCCUUUUUCAAAAUAAACUCGCUGAUACUAUUUUCAGGGUUUUACAAGAUGCUUCUGCAAAGACGGUCUGUCCUGCCAGACAGUAAAGAAGUGGCGAUGGGGAACCACAACUUUAGCCUGGAAUCGCUGCCGG